AUGGCAGCGCAAGGCUUCUCGCCGGAUCCUCCGCGAUCACCGUGGAUGGACGCCAAGAAGACCAGCGCUGCGCCGCACGCCGCCAAACCACCACGCUGGCGCCAGCUCGCAGAGGGUUUCUCGCUGCACGCCAGAUGGUCAGCGGGCGCCGAUGGCGGCAUGGGCGCGACGAGCUCCGUGGCUGGACUGUUUGGGGUGCCGGUGCUGGCGCUGAAGACGGUGACCGACAUCGUGGAUGACGAGACGCCCAACCACGAGACCUUCAUGGCCAACCUGGCCAGCGCCUCCCAGAAGCUCCAGGACGCGAUUCCGGAGCUGCUGAAGUUUGUGCACGGAAAAGAGGCGAGCGGGCUGUGA